GUGAUCAGCCGAGGCAAUGCGACGAUGCAAUAGACCAGAGAGUUUGACAAGAUGCGUCUAUAGCCUAUUUCUCGGAUGAAAGACACAGCCGACAUAGCGCGUAGGAAACAGGGAAGCGGUGAUCCUAUUGGUCCUUAUUGCUAUAGAGAUAUGACUCCGAUUUCCACAUUCUCUAAUGCACAAAUCUAGUGCGAACUGCGAAGGUAGAACACCAGUUGGCGUGUAGGAGGUAGCGAAUUAUGAAAUGCAUUCUUGAACAUGGAGGUCGAAUGUAGGAUUACUUUCCUAUUGUUCCAAAUGUUAUUUUCAUAUUUCAGCCUCGGCAGGUUAAGUUAAACUUACGCUACAUGACGCGGGCGAAUAAUGGUGAAACGCAAUACGAAAUGGGGCAAUUAAAACUCAAGAAUAUUUACGUCUAACGCAAAAGGAAACCGCAUUAUUUUUAAGAACAGGAUUUCAAGAAAUGGUCCAAUUAGUGAACUGACAGGAUUGUGAUACCUUCGUCUUGGGAGCCCGCUAGAACUUCUCUGGGCAAAUAAUACAACGAAAAAACGCAGACACAGCACAAAUACUGAAGGAUCGUUAACAUAAACAUUUGAUAAGAGUGUCGGGGACAUAAUUUAAUUGUUUUUCUCCAAUGCGAUGACAUGUUUUUAAACCCUAUUCCGUUUACCGGGCUGUGAUGAAGUUUGUGACUCUAGGCUACAUGUCUCAAUAACGCGCAGGGGGGUAACGGAACGCUUUCUGCACUUUUCACGAUAGUUGCGGCAUUAAUGCUGCAAGCCCUCACAAGAUGAAACACAACAGAUAACUUUUGCACAGUGGAUUCUAGGACCCUUUCAACUAGAAUUAGAGGUCGCACUUCUUUGGGGACUUCACCAAGUUUUUAAUUGUUAUUAAUUGUUUUCUCAAUUAAAAUAAUGUAUUUGGCCAUUGAAUAGACUAGUGUCGAUUAACAGGAUGGACAAAUAAUUUAGCGGAGCUAAUUAUACAGGAGACAUGUUCUAUUCACCUGAUUUCUCGGUUUUUUCCUCUCCUCGAGUUGAAUAAAUCUGGUGGCUCUUAUGGGAAUGAAACACUCCUCCCGCUGCAUGCUCCUACGGAGAAAAAUGGCGGAGGCCGAGAACCCAGAGGUAGGCACGGGAGACACAAUGCAGAGAGCCUGGAAGACAAAACAUGGUGCCGAGUGGGACAGGACAUGGUGACACGUCUUUGAAAUUGACCAAUCAGGAGCCCCCCAUCCGUAUUGUCCCUUCCCAGUCUGUACAACCCUCCUCCCGGCCCAAACCCAUACCCUCAGUCAACCAUGUGCCCCUCCUGCCCCACACACCCCAUCCAGGGGGCUCUUCCAGCUGUCCCGGUCGGGGAAAGAUGGCUAAGUUCCUAAACCCUGAGGAGAUGACGUCCCGCGACUAUUACUUUGACUCGUAUGCUCACUUUGGCAUCCAUGAGGAGAUGCUGAAGGAUGAGGUGAGGACACUGACCUACAGGAAUGCCAUGUACCACAACAAGCACAUCUUUAAGGACAAGGUGGUCCUGGAUGUGGGCAGCGGCACGGGCAUCCUCUCCAUGUUUGCAGCUAAAGCAGGAGCCAAACACGUGUACGGGAUUGAAUGCUCCAGCAUUUCUGAAUACUCAGAGAAGAUCAUAAAGUCUAACCACCUGGACGGUGUCAUCACCAUCUUUAAGGGGAAGGUGGAGGAGGUGGAGCUUCCGGUGGAGCGGGUGGAUAUCAUCAUCUCAGAGUGGAUGGGCUACUGCCUUUUCUACGAGUCCAUGCUCAACACCGUCAUCUUCGCCAGAGACAAAUGGCUGAAACCUGGAGGCCUGAUGUUUCCGGACCGAGCUGCUCUCUAUGUGGUCGCUAUUGAGGAUCGACAGUACAAGGACUUUAAAAUCCACUGGUGGGAGAAUGUGUACGGCUUUGACAUGACCUGCAUCCGUAAUGUGGCCAUGAAGGAGCCUCUGGUGGACAUUGUGGACCCAAAGCAGGUGGUGACCAACUCCUGCCUGAUAAAGGAAGUGGAUAUCUACACCGUGAAGAUAGAGGACCUGUCCUUCACCUCGGCGUUCUGUCUCCAGAUUCACCGUAAUGACUAUGUGCACGCCCUGGUCACCUACUUCAACAUCGAGUUCACCAAGUGUCACAAGAAAACUGGCUUCUCCACAGCCCCUGAUGCUCCUUACACACACUGGAAGCAGACAGUGUUUUACCUGGAGGAUUACCUGACCGUCCGCAGGGGGGAGGAGAUCAUCGGAAGCAUCGCUGUCAAGCCCAACGAGAACAACAACCGGGAUCUGGACUUCACCUUGGAGCUGGACUUCAAAGGGCAGCUGUGUGAGGCCGCCAUCUCCCACGAGUACAAGAUGCGCUAGGCCCCCUGCUGCAAGGGUGCUACGGUGCCAGGGGGAGUCCUGAGCCCCACAGAGCAGCAGACACCUUCAUCACAGUGGUGCUGACCAAUCACAUACCAGGAUGCGGGAGGAGUCUUCCGUGCAGGCCGUCCAAUCGCAAGCCGACACCAGCCACUCAGAGAAUCACUCAGAGAGGAACUACAGGAUGCAACACUUUCAAGUUUCAAGAACGUUCUUUUUCAGUGUGAAUGUUAUUAGUGGUAAUUAUACAUCAUUGUUUAAGGAAUGAUAUCAAGGUGUAUUUGUUUGCUUGUGCUAUUGAUUUCAGGCUAUGCUGAGUGGUGUAGGUCUUGCAGAAUAAUGAGAACAGAAGACACUCUUUCUCACACUUCUUUAUAUUUUAAAAACGAGCUUUCACAUGAGCUCUUACACCAGGAUUAUGUUAUGAGACUGUUUUAGGGAAUAUUUACUGCAGUAAAUGUACAGAACCAGAGAGAAUUUAUGUCAUAAUGAAAGGAACCAUUUGCAGUAUUGACUAAUAAGUUAUUUUUUUCAUAUUUAUAUUUAUUUGCAUGUUUAGCCAUUUAGCCAGUCAAAUCAUGAUUUGUCAAUAUUUAUUGUACCAUUUAGGGUAUUAACAUGUAUAUUUUUCAGAAAAUCGACAAGGCUGUAAGAUUUGAAACAGCCAUUUUUAAAAGUCAGUGCUGCAGGGUUCUCAUAGCUCUUAUUUUGUUAACUUCUGCAUUUAGGGAUUGGGGGUUAGGGCUGGGUGAAUUAUGUAAAUUCACUGACGUGAAGUGUGAGUGGUGGUGUGUUUACUGUAGGACUUAGGAUGUUUUUGUGCAAUAAUAACAGAUAUGGAGGGGGGGGUGUUGCUUGUUGGCAUGUGCAGUAUGGUACUUAGUGUGUUUCAGGGGAAAAGCAGAGCCCCUGGACAUCCAGGCUUUAAGGUGAACACUGCUUGCUCAGGUGAGAGAAGUUUGUUCAGGUGAACACUGCUUGCCCAGGUGAGAGCAAUUUGUUCAGGUGAACACUGCUUGCUCAGGUGAGAGCAGUUUGUUCAGGUGAACACUGCUUGCUCAGGUGAGAGCAGUUUGUUCAGGUGAACACUGUUUGCUCAUGUGAGAGCAGUUUGUUCAGGUGAAUGCAGUUUGUUCAGGUGAACACUGCUUGCUCAGGUGAGAACAGUUUGUUCAGGUGAACAAUGCUUGCUCAGGUGAGCGCUGUUUGUUCAGGUGAACACUGCUUGCUCAUGUGAGAGCAGUUUGUUCAGGUGAACGCAGUUUGUUCAGGUGAACACUGCUUGCUCAGGUGAGAGCAGUUUGUUCAGGUGAACUCUGCUUUCUCAGGUGAGAGCAGUUUGUUCAGGUGAACUCUGCUUUCUCAGGUGAGCGCUGUUUGUUCAGGUGAACAGUACUUGCUCAGGUGAGAGCAGUUUUCUCAGGUAGAUGCUCUCUGCUCUUGAGCAUUGUUCUGUUGGUGGAGGAACUUUGGCUCCAUAUCCUCCCCUUAUAACAGGCUCUCUUACACCAGGGGCACCCCAAAACCAUGUUAAUAGGUUUGGGAGGUAUGGCGCUUCCUGUGGGACUGUUCCUCAUGUACUGGGGUGCUAGUGGCUCUCCUGCACCCUGCUGGUCAGCCCUGGAACUGUGGCCUCCCCUCCCCAUCACCUGUGCUCUUAACAAUGGUCAUUGCCAAGGCAACGGCUGGAGGCUUCAUCCGGUCCAACUGUGAGCUCCUUCACAGCAGUGAAGUACUGUACUGACCCUUAAAGAGACAUCCUAUCCACUAAUACUGUUCCCUAUCCGGUAACACAUAGCUCCAGCCUAUCCACUAACACAGAGCUUAUGAUAUCCACUGACUAUGCUGCUCUCUAUCCAUUAACAAUGCUGCUCCCUAUGCACUAACUCAGUGCUGCUCCCUAUCCACUAACAAUGCUGCUCCCUAUUCACUACACAGAGCUGCUCUCUAUCCACAAGCACAGCACUACUCCCUAAUAGUGCUGCUCCUUGUCUACUAGCAAUUUUGCUCCCAGUCCAUUAACACAGAGCUGCUCCCUAUCCACUAAGCCAGAGCUGCUCUCUAUCCAUUAAGACAGAGCUGCUCCCUAUCCACUAACACCAAGCUGCUCUCUUUGCUCUGUGCUUGGGGUUAUUUUACAUGCCCAUUCUGCUGUCGGAGCUGCAUUUGGUUCUGGUUCUGGAUGACUGGUGGUUUGUCCGUCUGGGCUGUGGAUAACCCUUCCCUAGCAGCAUUGGGCACAUCUAACUGGGCCGAGACAGAACCAUCAGCACCAGCGCACAAAGCAAAGGACAGGGUUUUGUUAGGGAUUAGGAUGUCUCUGAAUUUACUUUUUUUUUUUUUGGUUCAGUAUGAAACUCUGUAUUCAUGUAUUUCUUAUGUAUUAUCAUCUGGUACUGUACUGUGCAUAUUGGAAAUACUGCAAUAUCUUUCUCUUGUGUCAAACAUUUAGGACAAUAUUGAUAAGAAUAGAUUAAAACAGCAUGCAUAUUGGCAGUGUUGCCUUAAAUAUUUUUUGGGUUAUUUACAGUAACAAAGUUAAGAAUAAAAGUAUUUAAGGACAUAUACAAAAUAAGAUUAUUUAUAUUACAGUAAAUGUUUUAAGGAAUAUUCUACUCAGAGUUUAAUAUAAAUGAUGGAGAUCUAAAGGAAUAGUCUUAGUUUAAUGUUAAUGAAUAAGAUCACAAAGGAAUGGUCUCAGUUUCAUGUAAAUUACUUGAAUCAAAAAUCAUCUCUGUUUAAUGUUAAUGACUAAGAUCAGAAAAGAAUAGUCUCAGUUUAAUGUCUAAGAUCAGAAACUGCCGAAACCUUUAUUUUAGCUGAAGUCUUUUACAGCUCAAAACACCACCUGGUCAGGAACCUUGCUAAUGUAUUAGUACAUAUUUAAGAUUAAUAAUGUCAGUGUACAGUUUUGUCUUCCUAAUGUUACAGCUACCAUGGAAGUUUUUACUGUCAAAUUAAUAAACUGACUGAACCAUC